AUGCGACGAAUUCGAUUGAACGAUGAGCCCAAACACUUAUUUGACUCACCGAAAACCAUCGAAGACCACGACGAGCAGCCCCCACCAUCUAACUCUUGGAUCGAGCAUCUUUUAUUUGUUCUUCUAAUUAUUCCCUUAACGCUGAGCAUUCUUUUGGUAUACAGCGAUGCCUCAAGCUGGCAUCUCCCAGACAAUUUAUAUGUUUUUGUGAACAAAAAUCGAGCAUCAGUCCAGACAGCAGUCCAGAUUUUCGGUGCUAUCCUUGCAGCCAUUGAAGUCUUCGCACUCUGUCGUCUGAUCAACCUGACAACUCGCAUUCGAUUUACACAAUCUCCAGUCUCCCUGAAUGUACUUGGAUUCUGGUCAGCACUGUCUACUCCCACGAACAAUUUCGGUCUACCUUUCUGGAUGAUUGCCAUCACGGUGCUUUUCGGAAAUCUGUCUGCUGUCAUAUCAGCAUUAUGGACUGGUGCUUUAACCCCCGCAGAUGCUGUUGGCAUCCAGCACGCUUCCCUUCUCAUUCCAGAUUGGUCCAAUCUAAGUUUAAUCAAAGAAUAUCCUGGUCAGAUCGACAAGACAGGGUUGACAGUUCGUGAGACAAAAGGUUACUUCACCUACUCAGUGGGCUUAGGCCUACUGGGCUCACUACUAUCCUCUGUCAAUUCCGCGUCCCCAAUUAACGGCGAAGUUCGCGAUCACCCCAAGCUCGACAACACCCGAUACAACUAUCACGGCCGGUCUUACGGAGUUGGCGCAAGCGUCGGCCUCUCCGAUGAAAAUCUCCUCGCCAUACCCCAUGCAAACAACUAUACCUUCAAUGAGAUUGGCCUCGACGCCUCCGUUGACUGCAUAUAUAAUACUAGCUCGUUGUUUGUGAUUCAACUUCUUCCACAAACCACUCUCCAUGCAGCUGAGGGUUUACUUCCUGAUAGCAAUCUCAGCGCGCCCGAAUACUCGGUCUACAUUGGCCGAGGCGACGAUGCGAUAGUUGCAUUGGGGGUAUCGGCGGAUCCAACUGCGUACACUGCCAAGCGUUAUAUGGCUAUCGCCGCGGGUAAUUACUAUAAGAAUUUGAAUAAGGUGCAAUGUGCCGUCACAUUCAACCCGGCACUAUUUAAUGUCUCAGUUGACAUCCAAGCACGGAACAUCAGUGUUAGCAGAACGAAUGGGUCCGAAUUAUCAGUGGAACCCGUCCAUAAUAUCGAUCCCCAUAACAACAUAACCCACGUUGUCAUGCGACAACUUGAACUUAUGGCGAAUGAUCUGACGAGUUAUUAUCGCUCCACCCUUGGCGACGCCUUCAAUGCUAGUAUUAGCGAUUACCGCACCUCCGUCGCUGGUGGGAAUCUGUCAGAGACGCAGAUCGUGAUGAAGGGAAUGGAGAACGCGGUUACAUCCUUGGUCGACGAUAUCCUGGUUGCAUAUGCAUCGGCUCAAUUGGUGGUCAGUGAAUUUACGAAGUCCACACCCGUAGUAGUCAAGGUCUCUGCUAUGCGCGUUGGAUCGCAGGGUUAUGUUAUUACUAGUGCGGUGAUCACAGGGAUGAUUGCGAUUCUGGUUAUCGGGGAGGGCUGCCGAAUGCGAUGGUGGAAGGAUCUUCCAUCUUUUGAUUAUCAGGAUAAUCGAGCGUUGAUUGUGGGUGCGUCUAGGGGUGGAAAAAGCGUUGCGGAGUAUGCUGAGAAACUGAAAUGUAAGGAUCUCGGGAGGGUUCCGGUGAUUUGGAGGAAGGGCCAGGAAUUAUGGAAUCAUGGAGAAAUUGUUUUUCAACCUAUGCUGGAUGUCUCAAAAGAUGACGUUGAGGAUAUAGGGUCCGAUGGGAAUUCGGUCACUUGGAUAUGA